AGUCUCUUCCUGCUGCUGUAUCAUGUCGUCGGAGUGAGAUUCCGCAGACAGAAUUUUCUCCAAAAAACCAUGUAUUUUGUGUACAGAUACGGCGCGUGGACGCCACAGGGGCUCGCUUUGUCCUUUGUGACGUGCGUGGUGUGUUUGUGGGUCCGCUGCGGGGCGGGAGAGGACGGCAGCCUGUGGUACCAGGACCUCUGCAGUUACAAAUGGGAGGCUAUAGACCAGGUUAAUAAGGUGGAGUACACACUGAAGCUCUGCGACUCUUCACCAUCAACCAGCUGUGGCUCUGAGGCUGCAGUUUGCACUCGAAACCUCACCAGCCAGAAAAUCCAGUCUGUGGGCGAGCUGUCUUUGCAGAGACUCACCAGCACCGUGCUGGAUUACAACAGCACGCAGAAAUGUCCAGGAAGUGAGCACAAUGUUCAGACCAGCAUCAGCUUCCAGUGCGGGAAAACCAUGGGGACCCCAGAGUUUGUUGCUGUAUCCCAGUGUGUGCAUUACUUGGAGUGGAGGACCUAUGUCGCCUGUCGGAAGGAGAAAUUCAAACCACAUAAAGAGGUGCCCUGCUACGUCUUCGACACGGAUGGUAAGAAGCACGACCUCAACCCGCUGAUCAAACUCAACGGCGGCUACUUGGUGGAUGACGGCGACGACAGCACCGACUUUUACAUCAACAUCUGCAGAAGCCUCAACAGUCCAGAUAAAUCGUGUCCUCAGGGCUCUGCAGCUUGUCUCGUCACCCACCAGGGGAGCUACAGCAUGGGUUCCCCAGCCGGGCAGCUCCAGCUACUGUCCAAUGACAGGCUGAGGUUACAGUAUGAAGUCAGCGAAGGCUUGACGCCGCCGGACAUGUGUGGCAACCACAAACCCGCCGUCAACAUCACUUUCAUCUGUCCUUCACGCCGACAUUUGGGCAGCGUCCCGAAGAUGAUAGCGGAGAGUAACUGUCGCUUCGAGGUGGAGUGGGUGACUGAAUACGCCUGUCACAGGGACUACUUAGAGAGUCACAGCUGUCUGCUGACCAGCAAACAGCACGACAUCUCCAUCGACCUCACGCCGCUCACGCUCACCUCAAAUGACUCUCCGUAUUACGCCGAGUCCAGUGACGGGGCUGAGAGCUACAUCUACUACCUGAAUGUGUGCGGCCAAACCUACACUGGUGAAUGCAGGGACCUGCAAGGGUUCGUGUCGUCCUGCCAGGUGAAGACCAGCGGAGAUGUCAAGAAAAUAGCCGGAAGAUAUCAAAACCAGACGCUACGAUAUUCAGAUGGAGAUCUGACUCUGAUCUACCCUGAUGGGAGCAGAUGUUCCACAGGCUUCCACAGAAUGACCAUCAUUAACUUUGAGUGCAACAAGACUGCAGCCAAUGGUGGUCGAGGACAGCCUGUCUUCACUGGUGAGACAGACUGCACCUACUAUUUUGCCUGGGAGACGGCCUACGCCUGUGUGAAGGAGAAGGAGGAUCUGUUGUGUCGAGUCACCGAUGGCAGCAAGCACUAUGACCUUUCGUCCCUCACUCGAUAUCCUGAGGCACUGCUUAGUGAGAACUGGGAGGUAGUGGAUGCUAAAUCUCCUGAGUCAGACCUGAGGCGUUUCUACCUGAAUGUCUGCCACAAGGUUGUGCAGAGAGGAGGUGCUGCAGGAUGCCCAGAGGAUGCUGCCAUCUGUGCCAUUGAUAAGGACCAUAAAUUCGUCAGUCUUGGAAGCUUCCUGUCUUCUCCCCAGAAGACUGAAACAGGAAAUGACAUCAAACUGGUGUAUUCUGAUGGAGACUCAUGUGGCCACAAGAUGAGGAUCAAAACUAUCCUGACCCUAAAGUGUAAACCAGGGGAUCUCGAAAGUGCUCCUCUCCUCCGUAGCGUUUCGGCUGAUGGCUGCGUGUAUGAGCUGGAGUGGUACACAGCGGCCGCCUGCAUCCUCUCAAAGACACUAGGAAACGACUGCAAAGUGGAGGACCCACAUGCCGGCUUCUCUUUUGACUUAUCGCCGCUCUCCAAAACCAAUGGGUUGUUCUACAACCUGACCAGCGGCAGCUACGACUACUACAUUAACGUCUGUGGUCCUGUUAAAGCCGCCAAGUGUCCGGAGAACACCGGAGCGUGUCAGGUGGAUAAGAGUUCUAAUUCGUGGAGUCUUGGCGAAGCAAGCGCUCGCCUGUUGUACUAUGAUGGAAUGAUCCAGCUGAACUACAGUAACGGAUCCCCGUACAACAACCAGCAGCACACGCUCAGAUCCACCCUCAUCUCCUUCCUCUGUGAUCCAGACGCCGGAGCUGGAAAUCCAGAAUUCCAGACUGAGGACAAGUACACCUAUAACUUCCACUGGUACACGUCCUACGCCUGUGCCGAACGGCCUCACGAGUGUGUGGUGACGGAUCCCAAGACUCUUGACCAGUACGACUUAUCCAGCCUGUCCCGCUCUUCCACCAGUGUGAACUGGCAGGCCAUGGAUUUGACCGACACCCUCAAUCAGAAGAAGUACUACAUCAACGUGUGCCGACCUCUGAUCGCGGUGCCUGGCUGCGACCGCCAGGCGUCCGUCUGCCAGAUGAAGUACACGAAUGUUCAGGGCGACUUGAAGGAGGUCGUGUCUGUCAGUAACAUGGGCGUUGCCAAGCAAGCGGCCACCAUUGAGGGGCGGGACAGACUGCUGCUGGAGUUCACAGACGGCUCCAUCUGCCAGUCAGAUGGCCAGAGCCUCACGUACACAACACGCAUCCACCUGGUUUGUUCCAGAGGAGCCGCGUCGAUGCAGCCUCGCUUCCUGAUGUACCAGAACUGUACUGCGAACUUUAUGUGGGACACGCGGGCAGCCUGCGCCAUCACCACCACCAGCACCAAGAACAACAGCUGCUCUGUGGUCGACGCGGAUUCUGGCUUUGAGUUCAACCUUCAGCCUCUGGCUUCCAAGACUGGAUACAAGACGGAAGGAAACAGCAAAACCUUCCUGGUGAACAUCUGCUCUGAUGUGGCAGAAUGUGGGGACGGUGUCGCCGGCUGCGAGCUGGAUGGCGGGCAUCCCGUGAGCCCAGUGGGUGUGGCGAAAACCCUCCAGUAUUCCAGUGACGGCCUGCUCACGCUGAUUUAUAAAGGUGAUCUGGACAAACCCUCAGGAACUCGAGACACUUUUACCAUUAACUUCGUGUGCGACCCGGACUCUCAUCCUGGCUCUUUGCAUCUGACACGAGAGGAGCUGAGUUCUUCGUCCACCCACACGACCCACGAUGUCCUGUUUGACUUUAACACCGCUCUGGCCUGCACCCCGGCUCCCGUUAACUGCCGGGUUUUCGACUCUCACGGUAACGAGUACGACCUGAGUCGGUUGAUGAGGACCGGACAGGACAAUCCCUGGGUUGCCACGGAUACAGAUCUCAUAUCACGCACCUAUUACAUCAACGUGUGCCAACCACUUCCAGCAGUUCGUACUUGUCCCGUGGGUCCUUUGGGCGCCUGUGGAAUUAUUGAUGGGAUCGCAUACAACCUGGGUUAUGUGCAGUCCAGCCCACAGGUGGCAGAAGACGGCUCCAUCACCAUCGUCUACCAGAACGGCGAUCACUGUGGGAAUUCCCGCUACUCAACCCGCAUCAUAUUCCAGUGUGACGAACGUCCAGGCUCCCCAGUGUUUGACCUUAAGGACGGAUGUGAAUAUGUCUUCAUCUGGAGGACAUCUGAAGCUUGUCCAAUCAAAAAGUCUCAAGGUGAUGGGUGUCAGGUUCGUGACCCCAGGACUGGCUACAUGUUUGACCUGAACUCUUUGAAGAAUCAUGAUUACGCCAUCAGAAAUGGGCCGUACAUGUACCACCUGUCUGUGUGCGGCGGCCUCCAGUACGGCGUUUGCACCGACAAGGACACCGGCAGUGACCUCGUCUCCUCCUGUCAGGUGGACGGAAGCAUCCACAGGAUUGCAGGUAUGGCAAACCAGGUUCUGAAAUAUGUGGGUGACCAGCUGAUCCUAAAUUACACCAACGGGGAGAUCUGUCACAAAACUUAUCACCGGUCCACUGAGAUCUACUUCUCCUGUGAAUCCGACAUGCACCCUGGAGUGCCAGAGUUUAUUAACGAGACUCCAGACUGCACAUACAUGUUCAGCUGGCGCACCGCCCUCGCCUGCGUUCCGGUCAAAACCACCAGCUGCUCCUACAAUGACGGUCAGGGUCAUUCGUUUGACCUCUCCUCGUUGGCCUUGGACAGCAGAAACUGGGAGGUGGAGCCCUCUACUGGUGACACAGAGAUGCGAUAUUACAUCAACGUCUGCCGGUCGCUGGUGCAGCAGGGAGGUUUGUGGAAUUGUCCGUCCAAUGCAGCGUCCUGUCUGAAAGUUGGAAAGGAGUAUGUGAGUUUGGGGCAGCUGGCGUCUGGUCCAACGUGGGACCAGAACAUCCUGAAGCUGCAGUACACCAGCGGUCAGGUCUGUCCCGACGGAACACGCAACAGAAGCACCAUCAUCCGCUUCAAGUGCGACAAAGACAAAGUGGACACUCAUCCGACUCUGAUCUCUGCCAUCGAGGACUGCGUGUACACCUUCCUGUGGUUAACAGUCGCCGCCUGCUCUCUGAACAGCAACCAGCAGGAUGACUGCCGUGUCAGUAACCCCGCCACAGGUCACCAGUUUGACCUGAACUCUCUGACAAAAGAAGGAGGUUACACCGUUUAUGACCACGUGGACCACACGAAAAUGAUCCGCCUUAACAUCUGUGGAGAGAUUGCCAACAGUGGGUGCACCCCUGGAUCUGGUGUGUGUAUUAAGGACGGCAACAGUGCAAUCAGUGGAGGUCAGUUCAACAAGAAGCUGUCGUACAAGGAUCACGUUUUAGAGCUGACCUAUGAAGAAGGAAGUUCCUGCACAGCCAAUCCCAGCCUCAAACACAGAACCGUCAUCCACUUCAUCUGCAGGCCACUUGGCGUGAACUCGAACCCGUCAGAGCCCAUCCACAUCGUCUCCAAUGCUGAGACUUGCACUCAAUUUUUCUCCUUCCACACACCGCUGGUCUGUGAACAGUCUGUAAAGUGUUCUGUGCAAAAUGGUUCCUCUCUCAUUGACCUGAGUCCUUUGAUCAAGUUUAGUGGACACUACACCGCCACAGAUGAGGACUUGAAUCACAGUGAUGAGUCGCCGGACUUCUACAUCAACAUCUGCCUGCCCCUUAACCCCAUCCCCGGGUUGAAGUGCCCCCCUGGUGCUGCCGUCUGUAUGGAUAACGGGACCCUUGUGGACAUUGGGCGAACAACCGCAGGCCCUCAGCUCAACACUGUGACCAACAAGGUGUCAAUAACCUACCACAGCGCCACCCAAUGUCUGGAAGACCCGAAACAGAACUACACAUCCACCAUUGUUUUUACCUGCCAGAGAGGCCUGGCCCUGGGUUCUCCUGAGAUGCUGAGGCAGCAGGGCUGCAUGUUCCUGUUCGAGUGGGCGACGCCUGUCGUCUGUCCAGAUGCCACACACACGCAGAACUGCCAGCUCACAGACUCCCAGCUCAAGUUCACCUUCAACCUUUCGACGCUGUCGGGUGAAGUCCAGGUACCGGCCGCCUCCGGCACUUACAGGAUCAAUGUUUGUGGGUCGGUGGCAGAACCGGCGUGCAAGAAGAGUCCCAUUUGUCAGGUGACUGGAUCGGGAUCAGUCACAUCAGCAGUGUCAUUUGGGAUCAACAAGGCCAUGACGAUGGACUUCAAACACGAGGAUCAGGCGGUGCUGAUGCAGUAUGGAGGAGGAGAUCCCUGCCCACCCGUGACUGCUGAGGAUAAGGUGUGUGUGUUUCCCUUCACUUUCCUGAAGAAGACGUACACAGAGUGCACCACAGAAGGGAGAUCAGACGGCAGGAAGUGGUGUGCCACCACCGCCAACUAUGAUGCUGAUCAACAAUGGGGCUUCUGCGUGUCAGCAUCUGGUUUGCGUCAGUCCUCCAUAUUGUUCAGUUGUGACCGGUCUGCAGGGCGCGGCUCCCCACAGCUGCUGGCGGAAACCGCGAGCUGCUCGGCCACCUUCCAGUGGCAGACCGCCGCCGUUUGCCCCCCGAAGAAGAUGGAGUGUAAGCUGGUCAGCCACCACCAGACCUUUGACCUCCGGCUCCUGUCCUCACUCACGGAGCCGUGGAAGUUUAGCCACCAAGGUGUUUUGUAUUACAUCAAUCUGUGCCAGGGUAUCCACGGAGAAUCACUGCAGUGUCCAGACGGAGCGACGGUGUGCCGACAGUUGGCAGCAGGGAAAACCCAGACCCUGGGACGCGUCUACACUCAGGAAAUGAGCUACAAUGAUGGAAAGAUCCUCGUGAGAUAUUCUGCAGGAGAUGAUGUGUGCGGUAACGGCGUCGGGGCUCAAACCGUGAUCCAGCUGAGCUGUGGCUCCACUGUUGGACAGCCGGCGCUCAUCAGUGUUGACAAGGCAUUGUGCACAUUCACGAUUGGCUGGGAGACUCGUGCAGCCUGUGCGGUGAAGCAGCAGGAGGUCAAGGUGGUCAACGGGACCAUCCAGGUUCCUGAUACUGGAGUCAGCUUCAGCCUGGGGGCGCUCUAUUUCAGCCACCAUCAGGCAUCUGGAGACAUCCGAUCCAACGGCGACCGCUACAUCUACCACAUUCAGCUGUCUGGUAUUACGAACAGCUCACUGCCACUCUGUGUUGGUGCCAACAUCUGCCAGGUCAAACUCAACGGGGACUACAGGCGCAAGAUCGGCUCUUCCAGCAAAGCCAAAUACUAUGUUAAAGGCGGGAACCUGGAUGUGUUGGUGCCCUCUGAGUCGGUGUGUGGACGGGAGACGACCCAGACGGUGUCGUCCACCAUUAUGUUCCAGUGUAACCCCACAGUAGGCGUCGGCAUCCCCGUGUUCAUGCUGGAGACUGACGGUUGUCAGUAUCUGUUUAUGUGGCACACCAACGCCGUGUGCGGUCUGAUAGCUGUAGACACCAACUCAUAUGAUCAUCACGACUCGGAGGGCGGGGCUUCCACACUUUCUAGGCGGAGCCAGGCUGUGGGGGUGGUGCUUAGCCUCCUAUUGGUGGUUCUGACUUUAUGUCUGCUGGUGCUUUUGCUGCACAAGCGAGAAAGGAGGGAGCAGGUGAUCCAGAAAGUGGCUGGAUGCUGCAAGAGAGGACACCAGGUCUCCUAUAAAUAUUCUAAGGUGAGCAUGAACGAGGAGGGCGAGGAGGAGAUGGAGUGGCUGAUGGAGGAGCUUGAAGCUCCCCUCACAUCCUCUCUGCCUUCCUCUCAUCGGGGCCAGAGUAACCACGGUAACGGGCACAUCACCACCAAGCCGGUGAACACCGACGGCCUGCGCUCCUUCUCGCUGGAUGAGCAGGAAGAGGACAGCGAGGACGAGGUGCUGAGCGUCCCGGGAGUCCGCGUGGUCAAACCGUCUCGUCUCUCCAGGCCCGCGGCGCCGGCCCACAGCAGCGCUUUCCUCCAGGAGGAGAGCGACGAGGACCUGGUCGGCCUCCUGGACGAGUUGGACAAACAGAGGAAGAGCGGCAAACUGGGCCCACCGGGACGUAACCACACGAGCAACCAGGCAGCGGGUGGGAAACGGGACGAGGAUGACAGUGACGAGGACCUCCUCAGGGGGUGACCUCACUUCCUGUUUUCCAUUCCUUCCAUCUUGUUUGGACUAUUGUCUCUCUGAAUGUCUGUAUCGAGAAUGAAAUGACGAAAGCAGAAAACCGUCCAUGGUUUUUGGAUUUUUUUUUUUUUUUUUUUUGGACUGCACCUUCUCAGACUCUCUCCACUCUGCAGACUGUUCUCAAACUCUAGCUGUCGGCUCGGUCGCAGUUUAUUUAUUGAUCGGUGACAAUUUAAAGUGUUUGUUGGGCCAAGUCCUCCUCGUCUUCUUUUGUCCUGAGUUAAUUCUCAGCCGGGAUUUUUAAAUGUUUGUUAUUUAAAGCAGCACUCCUCUGGAUUUGUGUUUGUUUCGGUUUAGAGGGUCGAGAGCAAACGUCCUUCAGAUAAUCCUGUUCUCUGCAGCUCUUCUGCAAGACACCCCAGCACAUAGUCAUAGCCCGGUUCAGUAUGUGCUGCAUUAGUUGCGUUAUUGGCAGGUGUCGGCUCCGUCUAUAACCUGGAUCAGAGAUGAGCAGAUGAAAUAAAUGACCAGAUUUUACGGCGUAAGUCGCACGUUUUUCUUCUCUGUUAUCGGUUAUUUGAUUUGGAAUUUUUCUGCUUUGUUGUAGUUUAUUUUUUAUUUUUGCCAUUUAUUUUUUUGUUACUGGAGUUAAUUUUGUUGGGAGAGUUAUUACUAUUAUUAUUCAUAAUAAUGAUAAUAACAAAUAAGUGAUAUGUAUAUUUUUUCUCAUUAUAUAAGUCGCAGUGGAGUAUCAGUCACAGGACGCCAAAAACUAGUAAAAAACAAAACAAAAACUGACUUGUACGCUGAAAAAUACGGUACUCUGCACCUGCAGAUUUAUAGAAAGCAGUUUGAGCAUUGUAGAAGAAUUGGUGUCCAGUUUUUGUCUUGUGAAUUCUGAAAGGGUAAAUUUCAGCCAUUUUGAAAUAAAUGAAUGAAACGUGAAGCUUUUUUACAUUUUAAUUUCACUUGCUUGUUGUUGCGUUUGAUUUUGAUUGUGCGUUUUAGAAGAAGUGACGCUGAAAAUUAGUUUCAGAAAACAACUUUUUCUCGCUACAUCGGCUCGUUUCUUGAUGACACUCACCAGGACGAGUUUCGGGAUAUUGUUGCAUUUAACGGAAAGAGUUUGUCUGCUUUGUUAGUUUUUAUUUGAACACGUUUUGGCUCCUUGACACUGUUCGGUUUCAGACUCGGCUGGGUUUCAGGAUUAUGUUGGGUUGUGUCAUUUCUAAAAGGAUUGAAGGCACUCGUUAGUCCGCCGUGUUUUUCACUGGAUCUUUCUUUCCGCUUGAGGAGGAAGCUGGUUGACUUCCUGGUGUUCAGGAAUGGCGGCAGUGAAUGUGGCCUCGUUUUGAUCCAUGUACAUAGACUAUAAUCUGGAGAUCUUGUUUGUCGUUGUCGUCACCAGUAACUUGCUAAAGCUUGGUGUUCAUGCUUCUCUGAAGGUUUUGCGCGCUGCUGACUUUGUGUCUUUGUUCUGCAUCGUGAACAAAAUGGCCAUUACUGCAAAUGGACGCUGGAGAACAGAGAGCGUCCGCUGGAAUCAGAUCGGAAAUGAUUGUGUCGGGUUUACGGUUAGGGAUGGGAAUCAAAAACCAGUUUUUCAAUCCAUCAUAGACCUCGUAUGUAUUUUUCUGACCGUUCCUCGUGGAAAAAACUCAGACGCUGUGAUGCCACGUCAACGAAUCCAACUAAUAAGCAAAAUCAAUAAUGGCAUCCAGAGCAAUUCCCAUCCCUGUUUACGAUGAGUUGCUUUUGAACUCCGCCCCCUUUUGAAACCAUAUUUCUACUCCGACAGUAAUUUAUUGAAGUCGGAGAACUUUUUCUUACAGGCCCAGUAUUUAAGAAAGUGUCAAACAGAAGAUUUUUAAUGUAGAAAAACUAUAAAAUUUUAGUGUUCAAGUUGUUUAUAAAGUGUCAAAAGAUCGCAGACGAUCGAGUGUUAGCAUAAACGAUGCCAAUGGAGGCGUGGGCGGUUUUUAUUCUGCCCCGCCUGUACAUUUUUUUUCUGCACAGUAACUAAAGAACGCCUCGUCUGAUUGAAACCAGUUCUUAGUGUAUUUUGGGGUUUGAGGGAGGAUCCCUUUGAAAAGAGGAGUCAGUACACUCUGUACUAAUGAAGUGACUGACCAUGUACCAUCUCUAAAACACCAGUCCUUCAUUAUAGAAACACGUUUCAGACUUCUUUAUCACUUCUACUAUAAAGCCAAACACCGACUUAACGUGUGAGCGGGAUGUGUUGCUUUGUGUUGCUGGUUAAUUUUUACAUUUGUUGAUGAAGGUUCCUCAAGAUGGCAGAUGUCUGGACCAUCAUUUGAAAACAGACAAAAUAACUGCUUUUCAAAUGACCGUCUAGACUUUUCUUAAACGUUUCUUUCAACAUUAAACUGUCUGCGGGGUUACAGAAUAUUUCAAUCUGUCGUCAGAUUUGUAAUUGAUUUGUAUCUUCUGGUUAUUUGGGUCCUGUUCCUCUUACGAAUUUCUUCUCUUUGAAACCGCUGUUUGUUGUGUUUAUACUUUCAGACAAGACCGCUGGCGCUCACUGGCAUUCCCAAUAUUAUAUCACACUGUUAAGGAGUAGAGUUUAAAUGCUCAACCCCCUCAUCCAGACCCAUCCUAUGGAUAUCAGUUAUGGGUAAAAGUGGAGUUUGUAACAAAGUGAAUAGUUCUGUAAUUAACCUUCAAAUAAUCGCUGGUUCCAAAGGUUGAACAACUGAUUCUUAACUGUUGACUUCUGUUCUAGAAAACGCAACAUUUUCAGUCCAAGCCACCUAAGUCACAGAUGGAACCACUGUGUCGUGUUCAGUUCCACCUUUGGUGGGUAUUUCUAGAUUUGUACCUGUCCAGGUUUACAUUUAAACUCACGUUUCCUCAAUUGAAGAUCAUGUUGCCCAACAAAAUUACAUCAAUUAAAAUGUCUACAUGAUUUCUAUAUAAAGUUAUUUAAAAAUAUUUACAAAGUACAUUUCACAUUUUCAGUCAGUCAAAGGUUUACAUACACCACGUUGAGGUUUGAAUUGAAAAAUUCUUGAGAAUGAUGGAAUUCAUUUUGAAACCUGAAUGACAUUCUUUUUUCAGGAUUAAGUGGGGAACCUUUGACUUUAUUUAAGGACGGACUUAAUCUAAAAAAUUAAGCCAAAGUGUUCAACUGAAUUGAGCACUUGAUGGUAACAUGGAUUUGAGGAAAAUAUGAGUUUGAUGUGGUUUUCAAUAAGAUGUUUGUAUCUGUAUGUACUCAAAUUUAUGCUUUAAAAAAAAUUAUUAUUGAAUUCCCAGAACAAAUAUUGGGCAUAGUAUAGAGUGUUUACAAUUUUAAUUUCCACUGAUUCCAGUGCAAAGUGGACUCCAGUAGAUUAAAUAUAAACCCUGUUUAUCAAACUGUUCGUACAAUAUUCAUGGCUAAAAUCUAUUAUCAGUCAAAAAGGUUCAGGGUAUUUCUAAAGUUUUGUACACACUUUCUCAAGAGCUUUUCUAAGACAUUUGUACAACUCGGGACAGUAAUGUUUAAACUGGAAUUUCCAAGUGGACACAUCUGUAUUUUAUAUGGAUCAGGUUAAAACUCGUCAUAAUUAUCGAUCAUAACAACAGAUUUAGUCAUUUGGACAUAGAGUCGCUACAGCCUCGUUUUCAUAGCUUGAAGAGAAUCAUAUCGGACGUCUCAGUGGCAGUUUUUACACUUUUACAAGAAAGUGUUUCAUGAUUGAAAACUUGCAUACAGAUUGUUUAAAAUUAGAGCCCAAAUGAUAUGAAUUACCAAUACAGAUAUUAAAGUGAAUUUUUAUAUAUAUAUAUAUAUAUAUAUAUAUAUAUAUAUAUAUAUAUAAUCUUAAAAAUGGCAGUGAUUCUUAAAAUUUUAUUAUCAAACCUUUAUAACAAAUAAAUGUUACUGGGGUUUGAUGUUUUACAGUUUAAACAUGAACUUUAUUUUAAAUGACUAUACUUAUAACCAACCAACAUCACACUAUCUUCACUUGGAUUGCCAGUCGACAUGGUGCAUCGCUCAGCAUUUGGAUAAAAUAGACGUCUCGUCUAUUUGGCUCCAUCUACUCUACCAGUCAAACGUUUGGACGCACUGUCCCAUUCAGUUGAUUGGGACAGUGUGUCCAUAUGUCUGACUGGCACUGUAAGUGGUGACAUAACAAUCACUUGUCUCUUGUUACUGUAAAAUCCAAACUUUGAUGGGAAAAUGAAGGACAGCUGGUUGCUUUGGCUCUGUCUCUUGUAGUUAAUGUGACCAAGAGGUGAUAGGGUCCCAGCCAUGCUUGACAAUGAUGUCAAAGCAUCCUGUGCUGGACAAAGUAUGAAAUGAGACCAUUUCCAACAGCCAAAGUGUUUUUCUGCAUUAUUUGUUCAGUGAAAUAUAGACGUUUUCGAACAUAUUGAUACUGAUAUGUUCAUGAAAGGCUAAAAUCAGCUGAUACUAUAUUUCAUAGCAAACCAAUUGGGGCGGUUUGAUGGUUGUGUGGAUGCGGUGGAGGUGCGGCACCAGUACAUCCUUCCAGACUUGACUCGCUAUAUCAGUUCCUUAAAAAUAUAGUUGUUUUUUUUUUGUCAUUUAUUCAUCAUCCAAAGUGUUUUUAACAUAUGAAGUCAACUUGGCUACUUUAUUGAGCAUUUAGCAUCGGUGCCAAAUCCAAAUAAACAUCACGGGGUUGAAAACUUUUAAAGGAUCAUUAAAUGUUCUUAUUUGAGCAUGAGGUGGAAGUAUUGUCUGAGAGCAUGAAGUCCUGAUUGUGAAGUUUCUGUCUGAGGUGGCCUUUGGAACCAGAAAGCAGCUGGUUUAACGUGUGAAGUCCAUCACUGCGUCGCGAUUGUUUCUGCUGUUUUGAAUCUCGUCUUCAUGGUACUGAUCCGCCUCUUUAAUGUAUGAACGAGGUUUGUUUUCCGUCUGUGCUGCUGGUGUGAUGUCGCGCCGCUGAGUGAACAUUACAUUGUUGUAUUCUGACCAGAAAGACACAAGAUGUUUUGGGUGAUGAUGUGGGGGGACAAAUCAUAAUGUUUUAAGUUGGUGUCAUUGAAGUUGCCUGUUUUUCAGCUUUUUGCUUGUUUUCCUAUUUAAAAACACCAGAGAUGUGAAAAAUGAUAUUGCAUUAUUUGAAUAAAUGAGAGAUCUGCUGUUUGU